UUAAAGCGAAUUGUGUAUAAAUCGCUAAAAAGAUAAGACAUUUAUAUUGAAAGUAUAAAAAGUGGCAAAAUUGAGCCAAAUAUCACAUAAUUAUGGAAAUAAGUAGUAUUAAUAGCAGUGAUGGAGUGCUGGUCCAGAAUCUGUACUUCGGUUACAGUAGACGCUCACCGAAGCCAGAGAUAAACAACGCCAACCUAUGUGUGCCCCGGGGUGUCAUCUAUGGCCUACUGGGGCCGAGUGGGUGCGGAAAGACCACACUUUUGCGUUGCAUUAUCGGCCGAUUGAAGCCUCGAAAAGGACUCGUCCGAGUGUUUGACACACAGCCAGGUGCUAAAGGAACCAGAGAAAGUGGUGUUCCAGGUCCGGGCAUUGGAUAUAUGCCACAAGAAUUGGCUUUAAUAUCUCAGUUCACAAUCAAAGAGACACUAAGAUAUUACGCGGGCUUUUGUAAUACGGAUCGCACAAUAUUUACCAAACGAAUGCAUUUCUUAUUACAAUUACUGGAGUUAUCGCAUUUGGAAAACAAAUUCGUCGACAACCUGUCCGGGGGUCAGAAGCGUAGGGUCUCUCUGGCCAUCGCACUCAUCAACAACCCUCCCCUACUCAUCCUCGAUGAGCCCACAGUCGGUGUGGAUCCUAUACUCAGGGAAUGUAUUUGGAAUUAUUUGGUUCAGAUUAGCAAAGAGGGACUCACGAGUUCAGGCGCUGAUAUCCUGAUGAACAGUAGAGAGAUAUCCAGAUAUUCAGUGGACUGUUAUCUCAAUGUUUAUAAAAACUCUCAAUUGAUAGACGAAAUCUGUUUCUAUGCACUCGACACUACCGAUAAAUGUAAUGAAUAG